CCAUUAACACUCCCUCUUCCUCCCGCAGUGGUGGUGGUGGCGGGGGACGAGCAGGAGUACCGCCUCACCCGCUACCUCAUGGCAAACUACGACUCCUCCGUCAGGCCCGCCAGGAACUCCUCCCAGGCGCUCUCCGUGGUCUUCGGCGUCUCCCUGCAUAGUAUUAUUGACGUGGAUGAGAAGAACCAGAUCCUCACGACCAACUGCUGGCUGACGCAGGUGUGGAGCGACGCGCACCUCACCUGGAACGCCUCGGACUUCGGCGGCAUCCAGGUGAUCCGCGUGCCCUUCCAGCGGGUGUGGAAGCCAGACAUCAUCCUCUACAACAACGCGGACGCCCAGUACUCAGCGGCGACCAUCAACACCAACGUGAUCGUCACCUCGAGCGGGGAGGUGACGUGGCUGUCUCACGGCAUCUAUCGCUCCUCCUGCGACAUGAACGUGGAGUACUUCCCCUUCGACGUCCAGUCCUGCAAGAUGAUGUGGGCUUCCUGGACCUACGACGGAUACCAGCUGGACCUGAUGAAGCAAAUGGACGCGGGCGACAUGUCCAACUACCAGAGUAACGGGGAGUUUGACCUGGUGGAGUUCACGGCCGCCAAGAACAUCACGUACUACUCGUGCUGCCCGGAGCCCUACCCGGACAUCACCUUCACCAUCAAGCUGCGCCGCCGACCCAUGUUCUACGUGUUCAACCUCAUCCUGCCCUGCGUGCUCAUCAACGGCAUAGCCCUGCUAGUGUUCUACGUGCCCAGCGAGUCGGGCGAAAAGGUCACGCUCGGCAUCUCGGCGCUGCUCUCCAUGACCGUCUUCCUCAUGACAAUCAGGGAGUCGCUGCCGCCCACCGAGAAGACCCCCCUCAUCAGCAUGUACUACGGGGUCACCAUCUGCCUCGUGAGCCUGGCGUCGGGUAUGUCUGUGCUCACCCUCAACAUCCACCACCGCGGCGUGAGGGGGACGGAGGUGCCGAGGCUGAUCAAGAGGAUGGUGCUGGGCGGACUGGCUCGCUUCCUCUUCCUCCACUUCCACCCCCCCGAAGCCGCGCCUCAGCCCCCGCCCCCGCCCCCCCACCACCACCACCACUACCCGUCAGAGGAGAAGAGUAUCCACCUGAAUGACCUGCGGGCAGAGUUAGGGGUGCGCCUUGACCCCCUGCUGAGCGCCGAGAAGUACCACGUGACGGAGGUGGACAACGUGGACCUCUUCAACGUGUCCCCGAAGUUCAACCCGCGCCGCCACGCCCCCCACGGCUUCGACUGCACCGCGCCCACGCCACCCACGCCCACGCAGGCACAGAACUCAGACUUCGAGCAGCAGUUCCUGAGGGUGCUGAACAAGGUGUACCAGACGAUAGAGAAGAACGAGAUGCGGCUGGCGGAGCAGGACAGGAGAGAGGCGACCAGGGUGGAGUGGCAGCAGGUGGCACUGGUGUUUGACAGGUUUCUGCUCGCCUGCUUCCUGCUCUCCACAGUUAUAGCCACCACCACCAUCCUCUUUUCCUCCCCCCACGGCCCCUGACGCCCCCCCGCCGCAGCGUCCGCGCCCCUUCGUCAGUAGCAUCGCCACCCUCCCCGCGUCAGCCAGUCUCCCAAGUUUGUGUGAGGGCGACAUGAGAGUGAGAAGACAGAGUAAGAGGCAAUACCACCACCACCACCACUCCACCACCACCCUGAGGACAUUGAAAUCGAAGACAAAGCCACAGCAGGCAGGGACUUCCGGACACAGCCAACGUGUUCGUUCUGAUUAACUAUUUAGGGUCAGAAAAGUGUAUUUUCGUUGGAUCUGGAGGAAAAAAUAUGUAUGUAAGAGUGUGUGUGUGUGUGUCUGUGUCUGUGUGUGUGUGUGUGUGUGUGUGUGUGUGUGUGUGUGUAGUGGCAGAAACAUUGGUUAUUUAAUUUGGUGUAAUGGAAAAAGAAUGUAUUUUUCAUUAUUAUUAUUAAUGCUUUUCAUGACACCCAUAUCAUGUAUUAUUAUUAUUAUUAUUAUUAUUAUUAUUAUUAUUAUUAUUAUUAUUAUUAUUAUCAUUAUUAUUACGACCACUAAUAUCAUUACGAGUAUUGUUAAUAUUACCGUCAUUUUAACAACGGAAUUCUCUCUCUCUCUCUCUCUCUCUCUCUCUCUCUCUCUCUCUCUCACACUCUCUCUCUCUCUCUCUCUCUCACACACACACACACACACACACACACAUACACAUACACACACACUUUAUACCAGACAACAUAAUAACAAUAAUAAUGGUAUUAGAGACAAGUAAUAAUAAUGAUAAUGAAAAUAAUUACCAUAAUAAUAAUAAUAAUAAUAAUAAUAAUAAUAAUAAUAAUAAUAAUAAUAAAAGAAACAGUACCUAAAAGAAGAAGAAGAAGAAGAAGAAGAAGAAUAUCAGAGAAGAGGAAUGGCAAAAACACAAUAAGUGAAGGCGUACGGUACUUAUUAGCAAAAUAACAAUAAGUAAAACUUAUUACAGCAAAUAUUCUCUCUCUCUCUCUCUCUCUCUCUCUCUCUCUCUCUCUCUCUCUCUCUCUCUCUCUCUCAAAGGUUUAGAAGCAGAGCAAGAAAGCACAAUAUAUUUUCUUUGCAUGACACAAGUGAGAUCGAUAACGAAAAAAAAAAAGGACUGGGCUGGCGAGUCUGUCUGUACGUCUGUCUGUUCGUCUGUCUGUGUCUGUGUUCUCAUCGUAAAGUGUUGAACUAUGGUAUAUAUUUUUACAA